AUGCCUCAACCGGAUCUCACAGUGGCGUUAAGGAAGGAAACGGACGAGGAAUUGCUCUUCCCUGCAGGCCUAUCGGAGCUUACGAGGGCUCGAGCUCAUCCGCGACCGCCACAACAGCAGUUAGCGACUUUCAAAGUCCAACUUCGACGCAUUCUCCUUGUAUUUGCAUUUAUGCAGCUGAGAGAAUCGCAUUACGUAACUCAGUACAAGUGA